AGUAACAAAGUGUAAAGUCAUAAAAAUGGCACAGGAAAGAAAAUCAUCAUCGUCCCGAACUUUAGUGGCUGCAUUUGACUUUGGGACAACGUAUUCGGGUUAUGCUUAUUCAUUCAAAUCGGACUGGGCGAAAGUGCAUAUGAAUAAAUGGGAAGGUGGCCAGUUAUCGUCCUUUAAAGCACCAACUGCUCUUCUAUUGAAUCCAGACAAGUCUUUUAAUUCCUUUGGUUUUGAAGCGGAGAAAACUUAUUCUGAAAUUGCAACAGAUGGUGACGAAGAAGGUCGCACUUGCAAGGAGUAUUAUUUUUUUCAUCGAUUCAAGAUGAUGUUGAAAACAACUCUCACCCAGAGAGUUCAUCGAGAAACAAUGUGUAAGGACGAGAACGAUCGGGAAAUGGAAGCUAUGCCAAUAUUCACCCUUUCCAUCAAAUAUCUGAAAGACCAUCUCAUGAAAGAAAUAGAAAAAAGAUUCCUUGUCGAGGAGAUAACUUUGGAUGACAUUAACUUUAUACUCACCGUGCCAGCAAUAUGGGACGACUCAGCAAAAAUGUUCAUGAGAGAGGCGGCUGUAAAAGCUGGAUUACCAGACAAACAAUUGCAGAUUGCAUUAGAACCAGAGGCAGCAUCUAUUUAUUGUCACCUCAUGCAUUUUGACGCUGUUGAGAAGCAAAAGGGAAAAGGCAACUGGACACGGGAGAUGGGCUUAAAAUACAUGGUUGUGGAUCUUGGAGGUGGCACCGCUGACAUAACUGUACAUCAGCUUCAAGAAAACGGAACUCUGGCAGAGGUGGUACCGGCAAGUGGUGGAGACUGGGGCGGAACUUGUGUUGAUGAGGCCUACAAAAACUUUCUUGAGGACAUUUUUGGAAAAACUGUUAUGAAGACCUUUAAAUACGAUUUGGAGUAUGUCUUAGACUAUAUAGAAUUUUGGCAAAAUUUUGAAAUCAAAAAGAGAGAACAAGUUAUUUCAAAGAUUUCACAUUUGGUACAUCUUUUAAUACCUAUAGCUUUGACUGAAAUAUUUAAAGAGCAAACAAACAAGAAAGGAAUGCAUGAUGCAAUAAUGAAAGCGCUUAUAAAGGAAUCAACACAUAAAAAUGAAGACAUUACAAGUUUGCAGGGAAAACUCGAGUUGCCGAUUGAGAGUUACCAGAAAUUUUUUACACCAACGAUCGAGAAACUCGUUGAUCAUUUGUCUAAAAUGUUCAGAGAGGAAGUGGGUCCGGGUGUAGAUGUCAUUUUAAUGGUUGGUGGAUUUUCUGAGUGCGAGCUGGUUCAAGAAAAACUAGCAAAACAUUUUGGAAAUAAGCGUUUGGUGAUCCCCUAUCAAGCAGGUCUCGCUGUUUUGAAGGGGGCAGUCUUUUUCGGUCACCACAAAGAUUUGAUUUCACGUCGAGUAGCGAGAUAUACGUAUGGAAUUCAAACGUGGCCAAAAUUUGACAAAACAAGACAUUCUCUACAUAAAAAGCAUAAGAUAAAUGGCGAAGACAGAUGUCGAGAUGUAUUUUUGAAAUUCAUUACCAAGGGUGAUCCCAUAGAGCCUGGUCUGAAGAAAUCUUACAUUUUCAAAACUCUCAAACAAGGCGAAAAAAUACUCGAGUGUGGGGUCUUCAUUUCCAACAAAAAGAAUCCAGAGUACGUUGACGAGGAAGACUGUUAUAGGCUAGGGACUCUUGAAGUUCCAUUGACGAAUUCAGAACUUAGGACUAAUAUGGAGAUUGAGGAAUCCAUCAUUUUUGGGGAGACAGAAAUAAGAGUCACAGCUUGCAACUUUGCUACAGGCAAAGAACACGAAAUCGUUUUUGAUCUUCUCUCACCAAAAAUUAAAAUCCCAAGCAGUAAAAGGUAAUACAGAAGAAAAAUCUGUAAACAAUCUUUGACGUUGAAAAGAAAUUGUAACAUUUAGAAACUAGAGGGAAAGAUUCAAACCUUUUACUAUUAACCAUGCAUUCAUACGAGAUACAUGUAUGUAGAUUGAUAAUUUUUAUUUUUAUCAUAAAGUUCA